AUGGCGGUGCCAGCCACGCGUAGAUUCCCCCACCGGAGCCCGACAGCGCUCCUGCUUCCACUCGCGGUGCUGACGCUUGCCGCCGUCUCUGAAUCCGCAAGAUUAGCAUCUGUGUCGAGUGUGGUCAGCACCUUCAGUAGUCCAAAACUUGUCAACGACUCGUCUCCGUCCUCUUCCUCCUCCUUCUCCUCUUCCUCCUACUCCUCCUCUUCUUCCGCCUCCUCUUUCGUCUCCCUUUCCUCCGCCUCUUCCACGGUCGAGUCGCACGAUGACGUGGCAGAGCUGGAGGAUGACGUGUCGGCUCCGCGGCGCAUGAUGCUCGCGCCCGGAUGGAUGCUUUGGCGAAUGGCGAAUUCUAACAGAUGCCGCCCGUCGUCGCUCCAGGGUUACACGUCAAGUCGCAAGCUCGGCAACGGCCUGGUUCUCCAUUGGAGGGCGACGACGGGGAAGCGUCUGCGCGUGGCGGUGAUGGCGCGCGCGGGGACGGAAGCAGCGGCGGCGGGGUGGUUCGCCGUGGGGUGGUCCCCCAAAGGGGACAUGGACGGGAGCAACGUGGUUGCGCGCGAGGCGGACAGCGCCCCUAUCGCGUACGACCUGAGCGGGCAUGAGGACGCCACGGAGGCGCGCUCGUGGGUGCCGCAGGACGCUUCGGUGGAGCAUACCGGGAAUGGAAUUAUCAUGCGGUUCACGCGCAUCAAGGGGGACGGGUCGUCGGUUGGCAUCAAGACGUGGGAGGGCUUUAACUACAUCGUGUUUGCAUAUGGCAUGGGCAUCACCAUCGGGGACCACCAGUACAGGGCGACCGCAACUGUUGGUGCUGACUCGCAAACUCGAUGGCUUCAGCAGCAGCAGCACCGGAUUCGGGCUCACCCGUUACAGGAGAAAUCGACUGAAGUUGUACCUCUGUUGGAAUUAGCAAGGAAAAGAGGGGAGCAAAGAAUAGAGGGGUUAGCACCCAAGGAGCAGAACGACAUGGAAUCAUGGCACCGGACAAAUGAGUUCUCAUCCCAAACCCACCUCCCGGAACCCAUCACCCCAUACCAAUUUCCCCACGCUCAUCUCCCCAUACCCAUCUCCCCAUACCCAUCUCCCCAUACCCAUCUCCCCAUACCCAUCUCCCCAUACCCAUCUCCCCAUACCCAUCUCCCCAUACCCAUCUCCCCAUACCCAUCUCCCCAUACCCACCCCCCCAUACCCAUCUCCCCAUACCUACCCCCCCAUACCCAUCUCCCCACGCUCACCCCCCCAUACCAACCCCCCCAUACCCAUCUCCCCACGCUCAUCCCCCCAUACCCAUCUCCCCACACUCAUCCCCCCAUACCCAUCUCCCCACGCUCAUCUCCCCAUAGCCACAUCCCCCCAUACGUCGUGCGGUGCUCGGCAGUGGUCGACCAUACAUCGCCCCCAUCCACCCACACCAUCUACUUUCAUACCGGCCAUUAUACCCCCACACCCAUCUCCAUCCCCACAUCUCCUAUACCUCUCCCAUCAUGCUCGGGAGUGGUUGACCACGCAUCCCCUCCAUACGCCCACACCAUCUGA